CAAGUGAACAUGGGCUCGGAGAGGCUGGUAGACGAACACAGCACCAAGUGGCCUGCCAAGAGCAUUCUUAAGCAGCGUCAACAACUGCGAGCAUUACCCGUGUCUGAAGUUGCCUACCAGUGGAAGGAGCAAUCAAGUCGCUUCUGGGUCUGCGGUCAUGAUCACAAAGUGUAUGCUCCAGACUACCCCCAGAGAAGUGCUGCUGCGGCUGCAGUAUUUUGUAGAACUGCUCUCCGAAUGAGCAAUCAGUAACCGCGAAUCACGUGAUGCUUUCGGGACUUUGAAAUUAUAAAGGAGACGAAGCUUAGGGCAUGGCCGCGUUUUACAAAA